GGGAUAAAACGCUACCACAAGACACUUGGCGCCGAUGAUCUGCGUGAUAUUAUCCUAAAGAUUCCUGGCAAUGUGGUCUAGUGAAGCUCGUAAAAUCGCGUGAUCCUCAAGACAACAUCGGCUAGCAAGGGGGACACACUUAAUUACCUGCUGGACAAACCGCCUGUGUACAGUUGAUAUUGCCAUGAGAUUCGCACAAUAUGGUUGCCCAUACAACCAGCCUAAUAAUUCACCCAUACUCAGUGGUAGUGUACCAAUGGCGGGGUUCGUUAGUCAGCAGAGGCCGUACUAUGGUAGUAGCGGCAAAAUGCAAGUGCCGAGUUCUGAGGGGAGAUUCCCGCCAGCCCCUGGGCCCCUGCCCGAGAUCCGGGGUCGGACCGAGGCCUCAAAGGAUGCGGUUCAUUAAAACUCGCGAUCCCGGGCCCUGACUUGUUCUGUUCAGCGAGUUCGACCAGUUCCGACAACCGCACGACCUUGUACAUAUAGAUUUACUGUUUUCAAUGUCUCCCAGCAGUGCCGCCUUGUCUUACGCCGGCGCCCCGCCAGGCCACAUCAACCGGGACAAUGCUUUUGACUGGGUAUUUGGCGACCCGUUCCAGCAUGAGAACGACCACACCUCGUCCGACAAGUGCUUGCCAAGGAUAGAUGGAGACAGGCCCAUCUUCGUCGACGACAAGUCAGACCGAGCCCUCACAUACGGCCGGAUCAGGCAAGAUGCUCUCGCUCUCGCAGAAGGUCUUCGCUCCAUGGGCUUGGACCCCAAUGAGCUUCACGUCCUCCCACCAACCCCUUCGUGUCCGCGGCCGGAGAUCGCCCCUAUAGUGUUGAUCCAGCUUCCAAACUGCCUUGCCUUUGCGCCCAUUCUCACCGGUGUCUUCGCUUCUGGCCUGACGGCGACGUUGGUUUCGCCGGCCCUGACGAGCUCGGAGAUCGGUUGGAUCUUGCAGAAUGCACGCCCACGCGUCAUCAUCACGGCCCAGGCAUGCUUGGCGGCCAUGCGGGAGGCCAUUGACCAGCAAAAGGACGUGCCGUUCUUCUCCAGGAUACCCAUCUUCACCGUCGACGUCCCCCGGGAGGAGUACCCACUGCCACCGGCCAAGGGGCCGUCCGCCGAGGCUGGGACCUCGGACUGGAGGCAGCUACUCGCCCCCGCGUCCAAAGUGCCGGCCCGGAGAGCGCCGCCCUUCCCGCCCCAGUCGGCGCACACGCGCACGGCCGUGAUCCUCUGGUCGUCGGGCACGUCGGGGCGGUCCAAGGGCGUGCUCCUGUCGCACCACGCGCUCAACUGGAACUGCGCAGCGCUGUGGCACGACGCCGACUUCUACCGGGGCCAGGCGCAGCGCUGGCUGGGCUACGUGCCCUUCUACCACGUCUUCGGCCUCUGCACCAUCAUGCUCCUGGCCAUCUGCACGGGCUCAACCGUGUACACCUUCCCGUCCUUCAGCCUCGAGGCCGUCCUGGCCGCCGUCCCGCGCCGCCGCAUCACCUACCUGCACAUGGCGCCGCCCGUCGGCGUCAUGCUCGCCAAGGCCGCGUCCGUCGAGCCCUACGCCGAGCGCGGCGACUUCCGCUCCGUCGUCGCCGGCCUCACCGGCGGCGCGCCCCUCGGCCACGAGGUCAUCGUCGCCGUCCACCGGCGCCUCGGCUUCCGCAUCCGCAUGGGCUACGGACUGUCCGAGACGUGCAGCACGAGCCUGCAGAGGGGCCUCACCGAGGACGACCUGCACGCCCAGGCCGGCGACAGCGGCCUGCCGCACUACGGCGUCGAGAUCAUGAUCGCGGCCGACGAGGGCGGGGACAGCACCACCACCAGCGCCACCAGCGUCACCACCAAGGCGGCGCCGAUCAACACGCCAGGCGAGAUCCUCAUCCGGUCGCCAGGCGUGAUGUCAGCGUACCUACCGUUCGGCGGCCUCGAGCCGGGCGCCAAGCCGGACGUAUCGACGAGCCUGGAGGCGCUCACUCCGGACGGCUGGUUCCGGACGGGCGACGUGGGCACGAUGGACGCGGGCGGCCAGCUGCGGAUCACGGACCGGCUCAAGGAGCUGAUCAAGGUGCGGGCGUACCAGGUUGCGCCGGCGGAGCUGGAGGCGGUGCUGUGCAGCCUCGACGCGGUCGCGGACGCGGGCGUCGUCGGCGUGUACGACGAGGCCGAGGCCACCGAGUGGCCGCGCGCGUACGUCGUGCCGCGGCGCCAGGGCGCGUCCGAGGCGGAGCUGAGGGCGCUGGCGGGGGAGAUCAAGAAGUUCACCGAGAGCCGCGCCGCGAGGUACAAGUGGCUCGUCGGGGGCAUCGUCUUCGUCGACCAGAUCCCAAAGUCGCCGAGCGGGAAGAUCCUGAGGCGUAUCCUCAAGAGCGGCGAGGUUAAGGGCUACGAGGUGUUGGUGUAUGAGCGGAAGAAGAGGGAUUCGAAGCUGUGAGGGAGGUGGAGGCGAGAGUGUGCAUGCCUGUCGUUUUUUUCUUUUUUUUUUUCUUAGGUUUCUUCCUGUUCUCCUUGGAAGAGCAUUUCCCAGCGAAACGUAAUAUAGUGUCAUAUAGAGACAAGCAAGAAAUGUAGAAGAGACUGGUGGGGAUCAAGCUUUGAAGACCGAGGUUUAAUUGUGUGACCGUUCUCUGGCCGAGAACAAAGACGAGUCCUGGACUCGGCCCAACAAUGAACGAACGAGUGCCCAAGAAUUUUUCGCAAAAUAAUUAGGCUGGCUGUGGCCUUAAAUGAUAAAAUCCGGUCGGCGGAAAAGUUGGUGGCAUAUGUACGUAG